UGUGUAAACAUUAUUACAAUAAAUAUUUACUAUUUCAAAUCAGAAACAGGUUUAUUGCCAAGUAGGUUUGCACAUACAAGAACUUUGCCUUGUGGUUGUAGUGCAAUACAAUCAGAAUAUACAAACAUAUUAAUUAUAAGUAUAUUAAUAUAAGUUAAGAGAAAAUACAAGUACUUAUACAAAGCAAGAGAAAAAAUAAUGAAUAACAAGAUUUUCCAUGAAUGUAACAUGUAGUGUCAGUGGACGGGACAGAUUCUGUGUCAGCGGGACUCUUGUUGAUGAGGCCAGCUGUAGUCGGGAAGAAACACUGGACAUAUAUAAUAAAUAGAUCCUGUACAAAAAUGCAGGUCUAAAUUGGUAGCUUGACAAGAUGUGAAAUUCCCCCUCUGGUUUAAUGAGAACUCAACUCCCAAGAUUAGAUUGGCCUUUGAAACUGCAAAAUUGCAGCAGUGGUGUGCAGUAGUAUAGUUAACAGUUUUCUAUUUUUGACCUGCUAGUACAGUGCCUCCCUGUGGGCAGUCAACGUAUGUUUUAAAACUACCACCAUCCCUCAAUAUUGGGUUACAUAACUAGUGUAUAAGAUAUCACAUUAGAGUGAAGAACUAGAGAUAUGAGAUUAUCACUCCACCAUCUUUGAGCAAUAACUGCUCCCAGCCUUGUCAGACAAGUUGAAUAACAUUGCAGCACCUCAUUACAUCACUUAGAAAGGAUGACAAAACGUCUCUUGCGACAUUUUGAGAGUUCUGUGUUUCCCAAUUCUGGACAUCUACUUCCCUUUCCUUCCCGACCGGCUGUGACUUGUUAAAACUUGAUGCAGUCUCCAAAGCACCACCUACAUACCUGUGUGUUUUAGUCUUGUAUCUCAUUUAAACAGUAUGUCAGCUAAGGCACACCAUCAUGAGAUUGAAAUAUAACAGACCUGAGAGGAAUUUCUAGAAGCGAAGACAUAACAAUGCAGAGCGUGAAGUGUGUGAUGGUGGGUGACAGUGCGGUAGGAAAGACGUAUCUGCUCUUCACCUACAUCAAGAAGAUCUUUCCCAAGGACUACAUACCAGGUUUCUCUGACAAAUACAGUACCCAGGUCAGCGUAGACGGCCAGACUGUCGACCUUAACCUUUGGGACACCGCUGGCAGGGCAGAAUAUGACCGUUUACGCCCCCUCUGCUACAAUCAAGUCAAUGUCAUCAUCAUCUGCUUCUCCAUUGCUAGCCCAUCAUCCUACGAGAAUGUCAAGCACAAGUGGCACCCAGAGGUUAAACACCUUUGCCCUAAUGUGCCUAUUCUCCUUCUGGGAACUAAGAGUGACCUGCGUGAUGAUCAGGAGGUCCUGGAAAAACUGAGGGAGCAGAAUCAGACCACAGUCACUCAGCAGCAGGGGACAACCAUGGCCAGACAGAUAAAGGCUGUUAAAUAUCUUGAGUGUGCUUCGAUCAACCAGGAUGGACUAGAUGAGGUGUUUGAUGAGGCUGUGCGUGCUUCCAUCAGUCAUUCAACCGCCAGCAAGAAACCAUGUGUACUCCUGUAA